GGGCAAUGGAGCUUAAAACCGUUAAUUGAACGAAGGACGGACAAGAGUUCAGAAGAGUUCAACAUCACCCAUCUCUUGAUACAGAAUUUGGCGUUGGUCUCCUUCCUCAGUUCCACCUUCUGAUAAUUGGCCUCUGACCAACCAACUAACGUUGGCGAGAGGUGAGAGAGAGAGAAGGGCGAGAGGCGAUGGUGAGCAAGAGGCAGAAGGUGGCGCGCAGGCGUUUCAGAGAGGAACAUGACGGAGGAGGAGGAGGAGGAGGAGAAACGCCUUUUCUUCUUAGGCCCACAGCUGGAGAUGGUGGCAUCAAGAAGAAGAAGCGGAAGAAUGAGAAGAAGGGGAAAGGAAGGGACUCGGCGAAAGAUGGACGGCCUGCGAAGUUCAUGAAGCAAUCCAACGGUCUUAAGAAGCAUCCUCUCAGGGUUCCCGGGAUGAAGCCAGGGGAGAGCUGCUUCAUCUGCAAGGGGAAAGACCACGUAGCGAAGAACUGCCCUACCAAGGCUACGUGGGACAAGAAUAAGAUCUGUUUGCUUUGUCGGCAUCGAGGCCACAGUCUUAAGAACUGCCCGAAGUUCUAUGGAGAUAAAGAGAAGAAAUGCUAUAAUUGUGGUGGAAUUGGGCAUUCCCUUUCCAAAUGUCCUAUGCCUCUUCAGGAUGGGGGAACUAAAUUUGCUGAGUGCUUUAUAUGCAAGAUGGAAGGCCACUUGAGUAAGAAUUGUCCAGAUAACAAGCAUGGAAUUUAUCCUAAGGGUGGUUGCUGUAAAGUUUGCGGUGGUGUCACACAUCUAGCUAAAGAUUGUCCAAGCAAGCACAACAAAAGCACCAUUAUUCAUUCAGGAACAGAUCAGACAUCAAAUGGAUUUGCAAACUUCACACAGGCAAGAAAAAUAAUUUUCAGCAGUGGAGAUGAUUUAGAAGAUGAUUUCACGGUAGAGGAACCCCAACAGAAGGAACCUAAUCCUAAGGAAAUUCCGUCUUCCUCCAAUGUUGGUGACCAUGUAAAUGCUAAGAAGAAACAAGGACCUAAAGUUGUCAAGUUUAUGAGGUGAUGACUGAUGAUGACUUGUAAUUUACCAGUUACUCUUUUUAUAUAUUAUAGAACUAGAAGCUGUUUGUUGCA